CACAACCAAUGAGGAGACAGGAUUUCGAACGUGGCAAAAUUUGGAUUAAAAAGUAAAAAUUACUGAAUAAAUUGUGAAAUUCUUGCGGAAACAUGUCGAAAGAUACGCAAAAAGAGACGACAUUGAGGCAAUUGUACACGGAAUUGCACAAAUUUGGCAACAAUGGCGAUUAUGAUAAAGCUAUCAAAACAGCAAAUCGAAUCCUCGGAAUUGCUGCCAACGAAGAAAAAGCCUUGCAAUGCAAAGUAAUUUGUCUCAUCCAAACUUCCAAAUUCGACGAAGCCAUCAAGUACAUCGAAAAAAACAAUAUGAAGGAUCUCGUGUUCGAGAAAGCCUACUGCCAAUAUCGCAACAAUCAACCGGAACUCGCCCUAAAGACAAUUGAAGCGGCAAAUUUUGGCUCAGCUCUUCCGGCAAACGUCAAAGAACUGAAAGCGCAGAUCUAUUAUCGCUUGGAGCGGUUCGAGGAGUGUUUCGACUUGUACAAGGACAUCAUCAAGAACACGACGGAUGAUUACGAUGACGAGCGUCAAACGAAUUGGAGUGCCGUUGCUGCCCAACUCGUCAUUGAGGGCUCGAAAAAAGACGUUCCCGAAUUCGAGGAGAGCACUUACGAGUUGACUUAUAAUCGCGCGUGUGCUUUGGCUGGCAAACAGGAUUUCGCCGAAGCGGAACGUCGUUUGAAGCAAAGCGAGAAAAUGUGUCGCGAAUUUUUGGAAGAGGAUGGGGCGACGGAAGAAGAUAUCGCGAACGAAAUUGCGAUCAUUAAAGUUCAACUCGCUUAUUGCUUGCAAAUGCAGGGCCGGAGUAAGGAAGCGUCGAGCAUUUAUAUCGAAACGUUGAAAAAUAAACCGUCGGAUGCGGCUUUGGUUGCUGUGGCAAGUAACAAUUCCGUCGUCAUCAAUAAGGAGCAAAAUAUCAUCGAUUCGAAGAAAAAAAUGCGAGCUGCGAUGUCGGAUGCGUGCGAACACAAACUUACGCGUCGUCAGAAGAAACAUAUCGCUUUUAACAAUGCUUUGUUGUCAUUAUUUGCGAAUCAGGGAGAUUGUCAAGCCUUAGCGACGAAACUGGCAGCUGCCUAUCCCGAUUUGGAGUUCCAAUGUGUCUUGAUGCGAGCUGCCCAAUACGCGAAAGACAAAAAAUACAAAGACGGACUUGAUGUUCUCGACAAAUAUGUCAAAGGAAAAGCUGGAAAAGAUGAAGCUCUUGCUGCAAAAUUCGCUAUGGUCCAACUCCAUUUGGUAAGUGGCAACAAAAAAGGCGCCAUCGAUAUCCUCCAAUCUUUGGGCGAAGCGAAAUACCGUCCCGGCGUCGUUUCUGCGCUCGUUUCGCUCUUCUUGGGUAUCGACGAUAAGCAAAAAGCUUCGGAAAUUCUCAAGGAAGCCGUCGAUUGGUACAAGAAAAACAAACAAAAUGCCGGCGACUUGUCCGAAAUGUGGCGUCAAGCGGCAACGUUCCAUCUACGAGGCGGCGAAGCUGAAACAGCAGCCAAGAGCUUGGAGGAACUCUUAAAAAGUAAUCCGAGUGACGUUAAAAUCCUCGCGCAACUCGUUGUCGCUUAUGCGAAAUUUAAUCCAACGAAGGCGCAAGAAGUCAGCAAGAAACUUCCGGCAUUGGAAACGAUGACAACAACGGCAGAAAUUGACGCUUUGGAGGCAACGAACUGGACAAUGAUCGCAAAAGCGGUUAAACGUACGGCAUCGAAGGGCACGGAGAGUCCCAGUAGCGGCGAUUCGCAAAAACCCAAAGUUAAAAAGUCGAAGAAGAAACGCAAGCCACGUUUGCCCAAAUUUUACGAUCCAAGUGUCAAACCGGAUCCGGAAAGAUGGUUGCCCAAGUACGAGCGCACCGGAUAUCGCAAGAAGCGCGACAGGCGUGUCAAGGAAGUCAUCAAGGGAUCGCAAGGAACAGCUUCUGGACAAGCAGAUCAAUUUGACAUGUCGAAGAAUUACAACCAGAAUAAGUCUCCUGCAACGCCUCUUGUGCAAGAAAGUGCUCCAGGUCCGAGACAACAACAACGCAAGAACAUGCACAAGAAGAAGAAGGGAAGGCAUUAAGUGAUUUUCUGUUGAAAAUCUGAAAAUUUGUUGGUUAAUCGAUGUUUUUUGCUAAUAAAGUCGAUUUCUUAUAUAAAUUUGACUCGUUUUUGAAGGAAUUUUGUU